CGUAAUAGGUUGAUAUAACACGUCACUUCCACUGCAUAGGUUGGGUUUUUAUGGGGCCCGAAAAGAAUAAGAAGCGGAAAUCGGCGGGCUCUCUUGCCGGGCCGGAGUCGAACAAGGAGCGGCGCCUUGACGACAGCUAUCCAAAAUGGGAGGACCACAAUGGGUAUACAGUCUUACAACUGGUGAAUCUACAGAGUGUCUUGUUCGUGGGGGAGGCAACGCUGCAAGUGCUGAGCGGUGCGGUCCGCGUGGGCGGAAAGCUGGUGGGUGUGGAGAGCCCGGCUCUGGUGCUGUCCACGGGCGGUCGCUUCAGCCUGGCUAUAUCCAUCACUGCUGAGGCCCCGGUGGCGCAGGUGCCUCUGGCUGCAUCCGCUGUUGUGGAGGUGUCGCUACAGAGCCGGCCGCCGCUGCCCUUGCUCGCGGGGGCACAGCAGCAGCAGCAGCAACAACAGCCGGGGGCGCCAGGCGUGGCAGGCAAGGCCGGCGGCGGCGCGGCAGCUGCUGGAGGCGGGGCGGGCACAUUCUCGUUGUUUCACACGGGUGAUGCCGCCGCACCGCCGCCGCUGCUCGUUAGCAGAGAAAUGGACCAGGCGGUGGAGGCGGUGUGUGCGGCCGCGGCCGGCGGCGCGCCGGUGGUGGUGGCGGUGCUGGGUCCCAAGGGCGUGGGCAAGUCCUCGCUGGCCCGCCUCACAGCCAACCGGCUCUUGGACGUGGCGCCCACAGUCGCCUUCCUGGACAGCGAUGUGGGCCAGCCCGAGUUCUCGCCGCCGGGGCUGCUGUCGCUGCACCUGCUGGACGGAGCCGCGCCCACGGCAGCGGGGGCCUUGGGGGCUUCGGGGGCCUCGGGGUCGGGAGGGGUGGGGAUGGCGGCGGGCGGGCCGGUGGUGGGACCGCCGCACGUGCACAGCCGGCCGGCCUGGGCGUCCCGUUUCGUGGGUGACGUGUCGCCGCAGCACGACCCCCAACUGUACCUGUCGGCGGUACAGGCGCUGUACGGCUCGUACUGGGGCUGGGCGGCGGCGGAGGCGGCGGCGGGACGCGGCUGGCCGCCGCUGGUGGUGAACACGCACGGCUGGGUGAAGGGGCUGGGAUUCGACCUGCUCACGCAGCUGCUGCGGCUGGUGGCGCCCACACACGCGGUGCAGGUGCGCGGCGGGCCUGAGAAGAAGAACCUGCCCCGCGGCGCCUUCUGGUGCGAGCCGGUGCCGCCGGCGCCGCCGCAGGGAACACAGCCAUACGGAGACCACCAUCAGCAGCAGCAGCAGCAGCAGCAGCAACAGCCGGCGGCGCUGUUCACGGUGGAGUCAUUGGCAAGCAACGGUGUCGCCGCCGGCGGGCCCACCAGCAGCGGCGGCGCCGCGGGACCGGUGUCAUCCCUGGAGCGGCAGGGCUCGGCGCAAGGCCGAGGGGGCGGCGGGAGAGGCGGUGGCGGUGGCGGUGGCGGCGGCGGCGGGGCAGUAGGGGUUGGCGGUGGCGGCGCAGGCGGCGCGGGUGCCGGGGCUGGGGCGGCGGCGGUGCGGAGUCUGAAGCCCGUUGAGAGCCGCGCACUGGCCUGGCACGCCUGGGCAAAGCGCGUGGUGGGCUGGGAGCCGGCCUGGGGCAGCUACGAGUCGGAGGACUUCUGGCGCAACGCGGGCGCACUUGCGGGCUGUGCGCCGUGGCGGGUGUCGCUGGACGACGUGCACGUGCAGCUCUUGGCCGGCUCGCUGGCCGCCCACCACAUCGGCCGCCUGCUCAACGGCGCGGUGGUGGGCCUACUGGCCACACAGCACCCGCCCUUGCCACCGCCGCCACCUCCCCCACCACCCUCCGCCACCGGUUCCUCCGCACCAUCCUCUCGCGCCACCCCCUCCACAGCACCCCAGCACCCGCCGCCCUGCUUCGCGCCGCUGCACUGGGGCCUGGACGAGGCAGCCGCCGCCGCCGCCUACCCGCCCGGCCGCGUGUCCUACGCCGGCGCCUCCGCCUCCCGCCCGCCGCCGCUGCUGCCCUGCCUGGGGCUGGCCAUCGUGCGCGCGGUGGACAUGCGGGCGCGCUGCCUGUACGUGCUCACCGACGCGGCGCCGGAGCUGCUGCAGUGCGUGGGGGCGCUGGUGGUUGGGCGGUUGGAGCUGCCGCCCAGCCUGGUGGCGGGUGGUGAGGUGGCGUGGCCGUACAGUCACCUGUUCGGGCUGUCGGCGGAGGCCACGGGCGCAGGCGCGGCGGGGCGCGCGAGGAAGAAUUUGUCGCGCUCGUCGCUUGUGGAGCUGGCAGGGUAGCAGCAGUGGUGAUGCGUGUACUUUGCACGUGUGGCGUGCGGCGCGGCAAUCCUUGCAACUACCAACACUUUAACUGACACACGGGGAUCACAAACGGGCUUCCGCGCAACUGCCAACGAACAGGGGGGGCACCUGGCGUGGCGGUUGGCGCACGGCACGAGUGGGAGCGGGUAGUCGAGCACGCGUGCGUGUGGGAAGCUGCUGUAUGUGGAGUACGGUGUAGCUCGGCGGGGGUGUGGCGGUUGGCGCGCAGCGCGAGUGGGAGUGCACAGUUGGGCAGCGAGGCGUGUGGGAAGCUGCAACAGAGUACGGCGGAGCUCGGCAGAGGCUGGCGGUUGGCGCGGCGGUUGAGUGGGAGUGCAUCGGGAGUGCAUAGUCGUGCGCGCGACGUUUGGGCGUGUUUGGGAAGCUGCGUGUGAGCUUCGUGUAAACUCAGAGAGACGCAUGGGGCUGACCCGGUUUCCAUGAGGUGCCUCUGAGCGCACACGGUUUCACACGACUGACACUGGGACCAUCGCAGGGCGGCUGGCGCCGCCCCGCGUCGCUUCGGUUUGGGGGCUGGCUGGGAGGCUGUGUGUGAGCUGCGUGUAAAUUCAGGAAGAC